CGUAUUUUCUAUUGGGCAAUGUGGAACAAGUUGCGAUGGAAACAGCUAUACGAACCAGGUUCUCGUCGCCUUAAGAGACAAAGCUUGCGUACACUGUAUACAAAUUGUGAAACAGCAAGUAAAACAACGGAAGAUUCCUUACAAAGAGUUCCAGUGACGCCUCAAGAUGCCGUAAGAGAUGCAAGUCCUUCUGACAAGAAACUACGCUGGAAGCCAGCAACUGACACCACUAACGGCAGAAAAUUGUUGAGAGAAUGGCAAAUAAAAACAAAGGAGGACAAGGAGACACUGUUUUCUUUAGCUAGUAGGCUCGGUUAUUAUGGUCCAAGUAUACACAAGAUAGUAGAAACCGGAGAUGUGUUGUCUCUUAAAAAGGCGGAUCCUGAGAAGUAUUUUUCGUUUCUGAUUGAAAACAUCGCCACAGUAACUCAAUUAAGUUCUUCUAUUUACAAAAAAGCACAAGAAGAAACUCAGGAACGUUCAGAGCAACUUGAAGUUUAUUUGGAAGUUCUAUUGUGUUCUGGACAGUGGGAAAAAGUUUAUGAUAUCUAUGCGACAUGUCCCCACUGGGCGAUGUUCACAAGUUCUGCCUUGAAACCCUGUGUAUAUGUUUAUAGUAUGGCUGCCCUAUGGUUACUUGGGGACAAGGCAAGAUGUAGUGCUUUAUUAUACAAGGUGUUGAGUGUCGCAGAUGUAAGAACAAAGGACAAAUUUGGUUUCGCUGUCCUUGAGACACUAAGAAAUAUAGAGCGUUUAGAUGCAGCUUUGCAAUGGUUGGAAUUUUGUCAAACUGAGCGAAUUACUUUAAAUAUUCCUGCCAACUUUUUGGAACCUUUUGUGGAUAAUAAUGACGCUUUUAUGGUUGAAAGAAUUUUAAGCUUUUGUUCUGAAUAUAGUGGCGCCAAAAUUAUAUUUGUAGAAGAUGAGCAAGUUAUACAAAGACAGAAGAAGAAAUCCGAGUCGAUGCUGAAGAUUGCGAUUUUUCUGUUGGAGAACAAAGAAUGGUCUUUGAAGUAUAUGAAAGAAGAGCAACUCUUAGGUAUCAUUGUGGACAAUAUACAAGAUUCGGAAGCUUUAUAUGGAUUUUUAGAUGGACUUUGUAUUUUGAACCAGCGUAUUCAACCUUUAUGGAUUCGCAAGUUGCUUUUCUUCUGUAAGUCUUCCCAAAGUGAAACCAGUUCUUUUUUGAAUCCUUGUCUUUUGGUUUCCUUGCUGCAACGCUCGAAGACGCUGACUGAAGAAGUUAAUUGUUUAGCAUUGGAAUGGGCAAAGGAACGAAAGGAUUUUGAAAGUGCUCGUAGACUUUUGGAAUUCUUAGAAAGCCAGUUUUGCUCUGUUUCUCCAUUUAUGGCUCAACUUUUUAUUCAAUUGGCAGCAGAGAUGAUUAGUUUAGAAGAGAUAUCCAAUGUUGCACUAACUGACAAAGUCAGCUUUUCGAGUUUGAAGCAACCAAGUCACGUUAUUUCACACUUAGAAGAAUUUUUUCAAUAUUUGGAGUCCAAAGGAAUCUUUAUAUCUCAAAAUGGUUUACUUGAAAUAGAAAAUACUUUAGAAAGUUCUGGUAUGGUAGAUUACUUAGGAAUCGUUCGAAAAAGGUUACAAUAACAUCUUAAUCUUCUUCUUGAUUUGCUAUUAUUGAUUUCAG